AAGGAGGGCUCGGGGGACUCGUGGACGUUCUACAACGAAUGCUCGCGAGAGGGCGCCGUGACACUCGCACCGUGUGCUCGGGAGCUGGCUGCCCAACGUCACAUCGAGGGCCGGGACACCCCGGCGAAGACUUGAGUGGAUAAAAGCACCCCACAACCUUGCCUCCGGGGCCACCUCACACCUAGGGCUCAGGAAUGCUCCGUGCGGUGGCACGUCGGGGGUUGGGGGACGGAAUACGCUGCAACCAUUGAUCUGGGGUGCUCCAGGGAAGGGGGAUGGGAGGACUCUGGCACACCGUCAGCGGGUGCUAGGAGCGCGCGGGACGUCUUCCCAGUGGGAUCUGGACUUUUGUUCUAAGAGAGCCAGGCGCACCUCUGCACACUGAGGGUUGAGGAGCGGGUCACCCUCAUCGGGCAAGGGGUGAGGAGUACGAGGAGUCGGGUCACUAGCACACAGACGUGAUCAGGGACGCAGGGACACGUUCCCAAGUCGGUUGGGACUCCUCCACGUCAGUCCUCCGUCCUCGCGCGCGCCCCCGCCGGACCUGAGGCGUCCCAGCGACCUCACUGACAGCUACCAAAAAGAAGUGCUCGCGCCAGCUCUGCUCAGCUCGCGCCACCCGCUCCGGAACCAAAGUGCAGAGGAUACAGUGUAGGGACAAGAAGCGGAGACGGACCUGCGCCGGAAGUGAGGCGCUUAACGCCCGCGGCCGCUACUAUGGCGCACAUCACCAUUAACCAGUACCUACAGCAGGUGUAUGAAGCCAUCGACAACAGAGAUGGACCAUCCUGUGCAGAGCUGGUGUCCUUCAAGCACCCUCAUGUUGCGAACCCACGGCUCCAGAUGGCUUCUCCAGAAGAGAAAUGCCAGCAAGUUCUGGAACCCCCUUAUGAUGAAAUGUUUGCAGCUCAUUUAAGGUGUACCUAUGCUGUGGGGAAUCACGACUUCAUAGAAGCGUACAAGUGCCAGACGGUGAUAGUCCAAUCCUUCCUUCGAGCAUUCCAGGCUCACAAAGAAGAUAACUGGGCUCUGCCUGUCAUGUAUGCAGUAGCACUUGACCUUCGGAUAUUUGCCAAUAAUGCAGAUCAGCAGCUGGUGAAGAAAGGGAAGAGCAAGGUUGGAGACAUGCUGGAAAAAGCCGCCGAGCUGUUGAUGAGCUGCUUCCGAGUCUGUGCCAGUGACACUCGUGCUGGCAUAGAAGACUCUAAGAAGUGGGGGAUGCUGUUCCUGGUGAACCAGCUAUUUAAAAUCUAUUUUAAGAUCAACAAACUCCAUUUGUGUAAGCCUCUUAUCAGAGCCAUCGACAGCUCGAAUCUGAGAGACGACUAUAGCACUGCGCAGAGGGUCACCUACAAGUACUACGUCGGGCGCAAGGCCAUGUUCGACAGUGACUUCAAGCAAGCCGAGGAGUACCUGUCGUUUGCCUUUGAGCACUGCCAUCGCUCCAGCCAGAAGAACAAGAGGAUGAUUCUGAUCUACCUGCUGCCAGUGAAGAUGCUGCUGGGUCACAUGCCGACCAUCGAGCUCCUGAGGAAAUACCACCUGAUGCAGUUUUCAGAAGUGACUAAAGCUGUCAGUGAGGGCAAUCUGCUGCUGCUCAAUGAGGCCCUGGCAAAGCACGAGACUUUCUUCAUCCGCUGUGGCAUCUUCCUUAUCCUGGAGAAGCUGAAGAUCAUCACUUACAGGAACCUCUUCAAGAAAGUAUACUUGUUACUUAAGACACAUCAGCUGUCUCUAGAUGCCUUUCUGGUUGCUUUGAAGUUCAUGCAUGUGGAAGACGUGGACAUUGAUGAGGUCCAGUGCAUUCUGGCCAACUUGAUAUACAUGGGUCACAUUAAAGGCUACAUCUCCCAUCAACAUCAGAAACUGGUUGUCAGCAAGCAGAACCCCUUCCCUCCACUGUCCACGGUAUGCUGAUGCCCAGGACCUGCGGACACAGCUGUCCUCUGUCGCUCACGUUUUCUGGUGCUUCCCCGGGAUCACUGUGGCAGUCGCCAGCACCUGAGGGACUAGCCA